CCUCCGCCUUCUUGCCUCCACCAUGCUUGUGAUCGGCGAGCCUCUGCUUCGCUUGCACGCGCAUCGAGCGGCCCCGACCAUAGCCCCAACACCUAGCGAGGUUUGAGUGAUGUGGCAGCAUUGAUCGCAUACAUUAUUGGUGCAGUCGAGAUCUAGCGACACCGCAGUCUCAGCCCCUUGCAGCAUCUGAAGCCUCGUCGACCAAGGACCGCUCAAGGGCCGUCCCGACUUGACCGAAGCCAGAUCAAGCCCUCAUCGAACCAAAGUACGCGUCCCACGGCCGUUCUGCCUCGACUCCUCGUGCGAAGAUGCUCGUCUUGGUCAUUGGCGACUUGCACCUCCCGCACAGAGCGCACGAUUUGCCGAGCAAGUUCAGAAAGCUCUUGGUGCCGGGAAAGAUACAGCAGAUCAUCUGCACUGGGAAUGUGUGCGAUAAGGAUACGUACGAUUACUUGAGGACGCUGGCAGCGGACGUGCACGUUGUCAAGGGUGACUGGGACGAGAAUCCGCACUUUCCCACCUCGCUUCUGUUGCACCAUCCACCGCUCCGCAUCGGCGUGCUGCACGGACACCAAGUCGUACCUGCUGGAGAUGCGGAUGCCCUUGCGGGCGUAGCUCGGGCGAUGGAUGCCGACAUUCUUUUAUCAGGCCACACGCAUCGUUUCGAGGCUUUUGAGACAGAAGGCAGAUUCUUCAUCAACCCUGGCAGCGCCACUGGUGCAUGGAGCGCCGUCUGGCCACUGAUGAAGGAGGAGCCUGAGAAGGCCCGCGAAGCUUCCGAGGCAGAGCAAGAGAAGAAAGCAGAUGCUAAGGAGGAGGAGGAGGCAACUAAGAAGUCCCCUGAGGGCGAUGCGGCACAGCAGACGAAGACUGAAGUCACGCAAGAGACGCAGAAGGACGCGGCGGACAGGAAAACCACAUCAGAGGAUGUGAAAGAGGACGGGUCAGAGACAGGUGCAGAGGCAAAGUCGGGGGAUGACGAUGAUGACGAUGAAGAGGAGAAGGAGCCUCCCGUAGAGCCAACUGCGGCGCCAGAUCCUACGCCAAGCUUCGCUCUUUUGGAUAUACAAGGCGCUGUAGUAGUCACGUACGUCUAUCAGCUUAUAGAUGGAGAGGUCAAGGUGGAGAAGAUUGAGUACCGCAAGGCGAUUAAUAACGGACCAGACUUUCGGUAUUGAGGGCCGCGUCUCAGUGUCGAUGGCAUACGGCACAUGCUUUGCAGUCGACUUGCGACCUUUUUGUAACUGUCUCAUAAUCAAAUCACGCUUGCGGGUUGACAGAGACGAGGCGCGGAAAUGGCUCGCCUCUCUCUCCGAUGUGUGUCCACCGCUCACAAGUGACGGAGCCGUCGUCGGUUCGCGCGGCGUCAUUCUUCAUCCCCUGCGUAGAGUCUGAUGGACAGCAA